AUCCCAAAAUGCCAAUUCAUAGUAAACUUGUAAAUUUGAGAUUAUCGUCUUCGCCAUUGAUUUCUGUAAAUCGGAAGCAGUAAUAAAUAUGUUAGAAAGUCACCAUUGUUGUUAACGACAUCGUUCAUCUUUUAACCCAUAUUACAACACAGAAUUACAACUUAGAAUUUUUAAUUGACAGUCGUUUUCAAGUUUCGAAACAGUAGAGAAAACUUGUCCAUUCUUCUAUAGUUUUACUAUAAAACGUCGAUCCGUUGUAAAUUGAUCGGUUUUAGUCGGUAGUAGACACACUAGUGUCGUUGAUCCGUUUUUCGAUGAGUGGUAUGUCUGCUAUAUGUGAUUGAUCCUAUUAGCUUUCCAAAAAUUCAGUAAUUUUCUAAAAAAUCAGAGCACCAAAAACUGUAAAGAAAACCCACUGAAACACCGUCUUGUUGUUAAGCUUCUAUUUUUACAACAUCUAUUGUGAAUACUCAUUCUGGAGAUAAACCAAAUAAGAUCACAAAGCACGGUUGGAAGUCUACGCACAGGCACCGCUUAAAUAAUUCACUACAUCCGGUGAUCGCACAUAAAAAAUUUAGCAUACAUUUAGGUGCUCACUCUUUGCUUAUUACAGACAUAACUCCCCGUUGGCCAAUUAAUAUGAAUAAGACACAAAUCACAUUGGAACAGUGGCAAAAUCAACAGCCGUAUCAACAACAAAGAGAACAACAACAGGUAUUGCAGCAAACUCCUUACACACCGCAGCAGCUGCAACAAAUACAACAAAUGCAAAGGCAGCAACAACGACUGGCUACAGAAGUCACCGAUUUGCGAAAGCCAAACAUCUACAAUAACAACAAUAACAUACCACCGCCACCACCGCAACCACAACCACCACAGUUACCAACAAAAUUUAACAACAGACAACCAAAUAACUAUCCCUACUACUAUAAUAAUUACAAUAACAAUCGGAUGCCACAAAUGCAAGGACAAACACCGAGUCAGUUACCACGUAACUUUUCUUAUCCGCAGAAUAGUGUUGCCGUUAACUCGUCGAGCGCCGAACAGUUCGAGAGUUUCGAUCCGUCACAGCGUAAUGCACGCACAUUUGGUUUCAUCAGCGAUUUUAUCUCGAGUUUAUCUUCGCCUUGCGUCAAUCCCUGUACCCUCGAAGCCUACAAUCAGAAUCGUUGUUGUAUAGUUGUUGUUAACCCUGAACCACCUGUUUGCUGUCAAUAUCCGAUGCCGCGUCCACAACCACCCGUAAUACCACCCAGACCCAUGCCACCGCCACCACCACCACCACCGCCGCCGAUGUUGCCGCCUAGACCACCGAUCAGCUGUUGCAGUGCUUGCAGUUACGGUUACUUUGGUCCACCACCCUGUGGCUAUUAUGGUGGCAGUGGUGUGAUAAGAAGAGACGGUGGUGGCCUUUUCGGUAGCGGCGGUUUUCUGGGUGGUAAUCCAGGCGGUUUAUAUAUCGGUGGUAAUUUGGGUUACGGUUUAGGUGGCGGUCAAAUAAGUUUGUCAAUACCACGACCAUCAAUAUUUGGUUAACUACAAAAUUUGUUUGAGUAAUUUGUUUAAGUCUUUAACUAAUAAAUAGUUAUAAUAAGUGUAAUGGAUUCUCAUUGAAAGAUUUUAAUUAUUCGAUACUUCCUAAUGAAUCUAGAUAAUUCUAUAGUAAUAUAGCAACUUAGGUCUCGUGUUUCUUGUGAGUUAUUGUUUCUUAUGAAUUAUGUAAAUUCUGUUCGAGUUACGCCCAAUGCCGUUUAAAAAGAGAUUAUGUUGUACUAAACAGACUGUUUUGGGAUUGCUUGACCCAGUAAUCUCAUCUGUUUCACUUUGGUGCAUUUAUUUCGUUCAAUCUGCCUUCUUAUAUCACAUUAUUCGGGAGGUCAUCUCAUCAAAUGUAGUGGUCUAACAAAGUAAAAAAAAAAAACACUUAGUCACUUACAAUCGAACACCCCGACAGGAAUUCGCGAACAGAGACGAAAUUGUGUAUAAAGUUCUUAUCACCGAGUUGACGUCACGCGUCAUAACUAAGACCAUUAAAGAAGGGAGAAAACGCUGCGAAUGCAUGGAAUGCAUGCAAAAUGUGCGAUAUGAGUCGUUAACGAGUCGUAAGCGCCAUUGUUUUUGCGCGCAUUGAAGAGAUUACUGCAAGAACAGUUGAAGUAACACUGUGUGGGGGAAAAAGUAACAAUGAAACAAAAAGCUACACUACUCAGCUACAAAAACUCCAUGGAACAAAGAAAAACAAUGGCAAAGCAAGGACAAAUCAAGAAAAAAGAAUUGCUGAAACUGUGUCAAUGUGUUGCUGAUAAGUCAGGUCCCAUCGAAGACACAUUAAGUGUGUCAUACAUACAUGUUCGUCCUACAAAGGAGUUGUGUAAAUGAUCAAAAAAUUGAAAAUUGCAAUUUGUCAAAUCUCGCUAGAAAAUAAACACCAAAAACUUGUCAAAUAUAUAUUUAUUUAUUCAGUCUAAUCGUCUAAUAUAAACCAUGGCCCAAUGAAAUCCUCAACUACCGCUCAGUUGUGGUAGCGACGUGCAGAUUG